GGUAUGUAUUGGGUUUUUUUUUAAUUGAAAUCACGGGCAAGAAACCCAUUCUCCGACCGAGAAAGAUCGAAAAGUAAAAGACUAUGGAGGCGGUGAAUUCCUCCGCCAUGAAUCCUCCCGAAAACCCUAAUAACGAGAAGAAUCUCAAAACAACAUUAUCAUCUCUGAAAACCCUAAUUUAUCUCUCCCAUUCCAUCACAACCCUCCUCUCCCCACCCACCACCACCAUUUCCCCUCAACCCCCCUCCUCCCCCUCCCCCUCCUCCUCUUUCUUCUACCAAAACUGCCCCUCCGUCGUCUCUCUACCUCCCCCUACUCCCCACCCCUUGUCUCUCCCUCCUUUUUUACACCACAAGCCUCCCCAUGCUCUGUCCCACACUUCCCAUAAUCGCUUUCUCCCCUCAGACUAUAUGUUUCUUCUCAAAGAAACAAAUGGCUGGAAUGAUUACCCUUUACAUUACUCUUGCAUUAUUCGUCGGCUUCUAUUGUGUUUAGCUUCCACUAGAACCAAGCUUCUUGUUGAUGUGGUCUCCAGAUGGGUUCUUGUUAAUGCGCCUUCCUAUGGUCUUGCUAUUGAUGUUUUCGUUAAGGAUCAUGUUGUGCUGUUGUUGAGGUCGUGUUUGAGGCCGAUUCUUACUGAAGCGGUUGCUCUCGGUGAUGGAGAUGUGAAUCAAUUUUAUUUUAGCUGUCCUGUUUUGUGUCAAGUAUUGGGGUGGUAUGGAACACAAGUGGGUAUAUUGUUCGGGGAAAUGAAUGGCAAGUUGUUUGCUCUGGGAUUGUUCAAGCACUUGGUAUUGAAUGUUACGAUGAACUUGUUGAUGUUUAGUGAUAAAACAAUUGAGAGUGGCAAGGAUGAUUUUGUCUGUGAUGGGGAGGUAUCCGUUUCUCAAGUAGAAGAUGCCGUUGCAGCAUUUCGUGAGAGGUCAUUGCUUGAACAAAAAAUGAAAGCUGCUCGGACCUUGAGGCAGCUUAAUCGUUCACAACGAGCGGCUGAGCAUGAAUAUAUAUCAAAGAGAGCUGAGGAAGAGAGGCACAAGCGCCCGGACUACAAGCCUAUAAUUGAACAUGAUAUGUUCUCUUGGCAGCGGGGACAUAAUAAGGAUAAAAGUAUUACCAAGUCAAGAGAAGAGUUGUUGGCUGAAGAAAGGGAUUACAAACGUCGAAGAAUGUCAUAUCGUGGCAAGAAAAUAAAGAGAACAACAACACAGGUAAUGAGGGAUAUAAUUGAAGAAUACACGGAAGAAAUCAAGGCAGCGGGGGGGUUUGGUCACCUGCAGCAUGUGGCUGAAGAAUCUGGAAAGACUGCUUCUGACUCGUUGCCAGUGAGUCAUACAUCUGCAGACAAUGUGAGUGAGAAAGGAAGUGCGGCGACUUAUAACAGGACACACUCACAUUCCUAUAAAGAAAUUAAAUCUACAAUGAUAGUCGACCAGUAUCCUAAAGAUUUCAAUCAAUUUAGACGUAAUCAGAAAGCUGACACAAACAGAUACGACAGAAGUCAUAAUUCCAAGAGCCCGGAGAAACUAAGAAAUAAGGGUUAUACUGGUACAGUCGAGCAGAGUAGUGUUCGAGGACAACAUGAUGGUAAAGAAGGGCAUAAGAAAUCAUCUAGACGAAGCUCAGAGAGUAAUUACAGCAGCUCCCGUGAGCAUAGCAGACAUAGAAAGGAGCGAUUCAAAGGAAACGAGGAUAAAUCUAGACCUGAAAGAAGUGUAGGCAGGAGUCACAGAUCUGACUCUGUUGCACAUAAGAAAUUUAAAGACAGAUAUGAUCCUUCUGAAUCUUGGAUCACAGAUGAGGAUAAUCUCUAAUGUUGUGGGCAUGUUAGACUCUAGAUAUUAGGAAAAAUAUGCUUUGGUAUACUAUCAAUGGAGUAUUUGCUUUUCCUAGUGAGUGUGAUAUGUAUGGGAUCAUUUCUCUCAGCUUGUUGUAAGAAGUAAUUCUGGCUUCACCCAUUAUCCACAGCUGUAUCCUCCCUCCGUAUCCUUGACUGUUACAUUGGUUUAUAUUAUUUUUAUUCAUAAUCUGUGUGCUUAGUGAACAUGUAAUUGCAAUAAAUAUUAUUGCUGAAAAUAGUAAAUGAUGUGGUUGAUUCCUUACUUGUUCUCACAUGCUUGCAAAAUUCAAAUAUUUGUUUUUUUUCUGAAGCAUGUACUGCAUAUUGCUCGCUAAGUAUUUCUCUGUUGCAGUAUGACUUUCGUUUAUGGGUAAUGCGACAAAGAAUAUGUUGGAUGAUAUGCGGUGUUUGGACUUCAUGCAGCAGCUAUAUAUCUUUUGGGUCCUGGUCCCAGCAAACACGUGCUUUCUGCCUUUGGAUGAAUAUCCAGCGAUCAGGAUUAUAGCAAUUAUUUAACACGUUCAGUGUUUUUAACCGCUGGACCGGUAAAUGACUCCGUCCACCGGUUAGAAAGGGCAACAUGUUUUAAAAAAUGUUAUAAUCCUGGCCGCUGGAUAUUCAUCCAACGGCCAAAAGAUGGGGACGAGGACCCAUAUCUUUUAUAUCUAAACAUCAUGAGUUUCCUACAUAUAAAAAUAUAUACCUGGAAUUUCAUGACAACUCCUUCCAUUCUUUUGAGUAACGAUGGCUUUCGAUUUUAUAUUCUGGCCCUAGAUGUUAUAUCAUUAUUAUUAUAUUUAUCACUCUUUAACUAACUCUCUUUAUAGUCAAUAUAUAUGUUUGUCCUCAGUUUGAGUUAUGUGACUUAUAGUGGACCCUUUACGUUUACUGGUGGAGUUGUGUAGCUGAAUAAUCUUGAUUGAAACCAGCAUCUUGAGCUUUGAUAAUUUUACUGAAUUAUGAUAUCAAACACAUGUUAGGACGAGGCACACCAUGUGAAAGGUGAAAAUAUUGAUUUGCGUACCUGCUGUUGUACAAUCUAAGUUGUUCAUGCAUUAUUGGGAACUUCUACUUGUUUAAAAGCCCAAUUUAUAUCCUCUAUCCAAGACUAUCAUGUUAUUUGUCUAUACGUUUAAGAUAAUUCAUCAGUGUCUAAUGUUCAUAUUUCAUGCAGUGGAUCUUGCUUCUAGUGGAAUGUCACAGAGAUUACAAGUUUUGUGCACUCGACAAUUUUUGUAUUGCGACUUGUUCUUACUGCCCUAAAUUCUUGGUCCUAUUCUUUUCAGUUGCCUUACACCUUGUGUUCUUCAUAUGAGUAUAAUCUUACUAAAUCAAAUCAUGGGAUAUCAGGUGGCGAAAUACAGAGUAUCAUUUUCAUGCCUAUGUUUGCUAGGACUUGGUUAUUGAGUUUAUAUGUAAGAAAGGCAGAAGAUCUGGUCUGUAAAUAUACUGUCAAUCACUUAUUUAACAUGUUUGUUUUGUUUAACAUUUUAUGUGAAAUGCUAAAUUUUAGUCGAUCUUAAUUGGUGA